AUGAGCACACGAACGAACCGAAAUGCAUAUCCGGAAACUUUUUAUGCAAAAAUAUGUACAUACAUACAUACGUAUCNCAACAAGAAUAACAACAACCAAACGGGCGAUGGACGUGUGGGAGGCGGUAUUGGUGAUGUGGUCGGCGGUAGCGUAAAUGCCGCUUGCACUGGUGGCUUUCUGGCGAAUGUUGAACAAAUUUCGCGCAAUGACACAACAACUUUGUUUGCCGCAGCCACCAGCAGAUUGUCGGCUAAGAAUCGCAGUAUUUUGCAAAAGCCAAAAUUUAGUCGUACGAAUUUUACGUUGGUCCAUUUGAGUGCGGUGGUCUUUGCCAGCAUCAUUAUCUUGAUCAGCGCCCUGUUGGGCGCGCAAUAUGUUGUACGUUAUCGCAAAUACCAUUUGGCAGUAGCGCGUCGCAGAGAUGAGGGCUCCCGCUUGCAUACGCCACACGCAUCCAUGAGCUCCCUACAUGGUCCUCCAUCACGCGCCAUUUCGACAACAACACUGCUAUCAGAGGUCAUAUAUUUGGUGAAAAUGCGUCCGAAGCAUCAGUUACGUCACUCCAUACUGCGGGAGAGCGUCGAUGCUGAAAAUUUGGCACGCGAAGCGGAAUUCAAUGACCCCGAAGAGGAAGAAGAAGAAGAAGAUGCAAAAACGAUGACACGCAUGGUAAAGUGCGAUGAGGAGCGCGGUAGUAACGCUUCUGUAGUUACCUUGCGCAAUGAAGUUCCGCAAUCCCCUGAGUCGGUGAGUGGUCUUAGCCGUUCCCCUUCGCUAGACGAGGCCUUAGGCUCGACCACAGCCGCAGGUGAGACGAGCGGUAUUUGUAGUGGCACAUUGACACGCAAGGACAGCGGCAAGGACACCGAGUCAAUCAUUUCCUCGGGCAUGAGCUCGAUUUGCGCUAGCCCGCCCAUUGUACACUCGGGUCGCUUUAAUCGCUACGGUCCUUCAGGUACGCUUAUGCCCCACCCAUCGCAACGCUUGGAAGAGACGACACUCAGUGAUCGCGAUUCAAUUCGUUCGUCGUUGCGCGACUAUGUGUCACGUUGUGCGAGCGCAUCGUUGACAAAUGGUUGCUAUUCGCCCGCCGCUAGUGUCGUCAGCACGGCCAACAUACGCACCACCAAUGCCAAGGAGAGCAAAGAGAAGCAGAAUCGCAAAAAGUUACUUGCACGCCCCGGUUCCGAAUUUUCGCUGGGCAAUCAGGAAGAGCUCGAGCUUGACUAUUACGACUACAAUGUGAUAAACGCCGGCGCUGCACCGGGCUCCUACUUGGGUAUGGAUCCCGCACAACUUAUUUGGGUGCCACCGCUCGAGGUAAUAACAGAUCUGCACGACGAGGAUGAUAAAACGCCUGAGCCCACGCACGAGCCCGAAGAGACUGAACCGCUUUACGAGGAGAUCAAAAUGCCGCGUUACGGGCAUUAUUUGAGCGCGCGUAGCAACACAGAAUCGAGCGCUAAUACCACCAGUAAUACGACACCCUCAUCCGGUGAACUAUCCCCCUUGAGCAGUCAUUUGCAAUCCAAAGCGACGUCCCCCACUGCCGAAAUGAAUCUAAAGAAUAAUCUAAUGCAGCAGACCAUAUCCACAACAACUGGCAGUAAACAGCCAACGCCGUACUUCUCGCGCAAACAACGCCGACAAGCCAAGCAGCAGUCGAGAUCUACUUCAUCGUUGCGUAGCGGUGUCCGCGAUGUCAUCAUACCCUUACAGAAAUUAAGCGGCACGAAGUCUGCCCGAAAUAUACGCACUUCUCCCACCGCGCCUGAGGAUAUCGAGGCGGCGCUUGCGACACCACGCUGCUCACCUGUCAUACCCGAGGCAUUGGUCAAUUCUAUAACCGACUCCAUGGCUGAGUCCAUGACAGGUUCCUAUGUGGAGAAAGAGACUGUGGUGGAGAAGAAAACGCCGCCAGAGUUAAGCGACGGCCUACUGGGCUUAGACGACAUACAAUAUGCCGAUGAAAGCGAAAGCGAUCACGAUGUAUCCAGCAAGAAGAAGACCAAAUACGAGCAAGUCAGUACGGAAGGUGAUACACUCAAGCCGCGUGUGCGCAACUUAGCGGUAGCGGCAAAGAUGAAGCGUGUUAGUGCCGAUAGUGCAAUAUUGGAGAAACGCGGUCUAGUCAGAGAGCCAAGCUCGUAUCGCAUCGAAACGAAUGUAUGAGUAAUAAGAAAUUGGAAUUAUUUUGUGGUGUCGCAUAGACGCAAACGAGCUGAGCUCAUAAUGAUUUGAGAAGUUAUAUUAAAUGCAUGCAUAAAUACUCGUACAUUGGUAAGCGUAAAGGGAAGUAUACAUACAUAUAAGCUAAAGUUAGCUGGAUGUUGUUCCAUUAACUAUAAAUUACUUGUAUAGUUUUUCUUGUACAUACACAUAGUAUUUAUAUAUUAAGGAAUAGUAUUUACCAAAACAAAAACAAUUAGAAGUGUAUUGUACUGAAAUAGUGUAAAAUGGCGUUUUCUAAGUAAAUACACAAAUCAUAUAAAAUACCUAAUGACCACAAUGUUUACAUACAUAUGCAUACAUACAUAUUACAAUUAAUACAUACAUAUAAGUACUAAAAUAUGUAGUAAAAAGUAGCUACUAAAUGUC